CCCACAGCUCCACAAUGACAUCACUGGGUCUAAAAAGAAGCGCAAGAGGCAAAUGGGAGGCACCCCACUUAUUAGAUUUUGUCGUAGGGUCCUGUUCACAAGUGAAGAUGCUGCUGCGUCUCUCCGAGGCAGCCUGUGGUGUGCGCCAGCGGAGCGGCUGAAUCAUGGCAUCCCGGUGAACUUCCGAGGAGACAGAAGCGCCAAGGACCGAGUAACAACUCCUGAGACGCACAGGCUGAAACUGUCCUGCUGGGAUAAUUUCAGUGCUGAAGAAACUGCGCGUUUUGACUGCAUAUCUUGCUUCACGCGCAAGGAUGGAGAGCUUGAGGUUACCUUUAAGUUUUCUUUUGUGCAAUUGACUGGAAACGGUGCCAUCAGUCAGGGAAACUUCAGUAUUUUUUCAUUAGCAAUCACUGUUAAUAUGAACUUUGUUACACUUUGCCUAAACCAUUCUGUGUUGCCUGUUCAGCGUAAUCUGUGCGAUAUAUACGAGCGUCUCCAAACGAGGACGCACGGAGAUCGUAGAAGUGUCGAGAUUAUUCAUUCCAACCCAGUGUUUUAUAUUCAAUUUCCACAAAUUAUACUGGGCUAUUAUUAUAUGAAUCUUUAAAUCAUCAAGACAGUAAUUAAUCCAUUUAGGGGAAAAAUGAUCGAACUUGGAUCGAACUAAAGAAGUUUUAGUUUUUUCGGUCUAAAUUGUAUGUCUCAAGGUUAAUGCUCAGUAGUCGCUAAAAUUUCCUAUUGGUUUUUACUUAUUUGUGGAGAGGUGGGUGUCUGUUCUAGGAAGUCCUUUUAAUUGAAAAGCACUGAUCCAUGUCUUGACGCAUUGUCCAGGACCGUUCUGUGUGCUUAAAAUGGGCUUGGAAGACCUGCCGUGGAGGAUGCAAGGGAGCUAACAUUUGGAAACAACACAGAGACAAGUGAGACUCCUGGAAAGCUAAUCCCAGCAUGGCCUCGGUUCCGGACAGCGGCUGCUCCAUGGAGCUGAGCGGCUGGAACAGCAGUGUGAGCAGCGCCGGAGCCUCAGUCCCCUGCAACCAGAGCAUCCUGAGGCUCGCCCCUUACUCUCCCGAAGCCACGGCGGCCUUUGCCACCGCCAUAACCCUGAUGGUCGUCUUCACCAUCGUGGGAAAUAUCAUGGUCAUCAUCGCUGUCCUGACCAGCCGGUCACUCCGAGGUCCGCAGAAUCUGUUCUUGGUGUCACUGGCUGCUGCAGACAUUUUAGUGGCCACGCUUAUCAUCCCCUUUUCUCUGGCCAAUGAACUGCUUGGCUACUGGUACUUUAAGUCCCUGUGGUGUGAGAUCUACCUGGCGCUGGACGUGCUGUUCUGCACCUCCUCUAUUGUGCACCUUUGCGCCAUCUCACUGGACCGCUACCUGUCAAUUUCCAGGGUUACUUAUGGGCGUCAGCGGACUCCCAAACGCAUCAAAGCCGCGAUUGUGGUGGUAUGGCUCAUCUCUGCCAUCAUCUCCUUCCCUCCCCUGUUAUCACUGAACAAAAGCGAGGGAGGAAACAAGGGGAGUGAGAGAGGACCUCAGUGCAAGCUGAAUGAUGAGCGCUGGUACAUCCUUUACUCCACCAUCGGCUCCUUCUUUGCUCCAUGCCUCAUCAUGAUCCUGGUCUACAUAAGAAUCUACCAAAUAGCCAAGCAGAGGACACGUUGCCCACCAGGAGAGCCCAGAAAGGAUGGGGUCGGCUGUGCCACACCAAGUCAGCCUCCACGAAAAAUGCAAGCCAACGGGAAUGAUGAGGAAAGCACACCCCCUUCAUCAAACAAAACCUCCAAUGCCAGGCCCCCAACCCUCGCCAUCACCCCUUCUCCUUCUCAAGGAGAGUCUCAGAUUUCCCCGAAUCCCACCUCCAAUAAUCUCCUGCAACCUCCAGCCGUGACCCCAGUCACAGCCUCCCUUGAUAGCUCUCCCCAUGGCCCCUCGGCCCCCUCCUCUGUGCCUCAGUCUGCCCCUGCCAAGGGCAAGAACGGCAAGAACGGCAAGCGGCAGGGUGGGAAAAAAGCUGACAAUAACAAUGGCGACAGCUCAAGCACAGAGAGCGACAUGGAGCACAGCCAGGGAGGAGGUCGAGGCAGCACCAGCAUACCAGGAUCACCUGCGGGAGGGGGGGUCCACUCCCCUGCCUCAGUUAAGCGGUACCGGGACAUGAUCGCCACUUCAAAGGGGGCUCGGCUGGUGCCAGGGAGGAAGUCAAAGACAGAGAGCAACCCUGGGGCAGCACGGCGUAAAGCGAUGGUCAACAGAGAGAAACGCUUCACCUUUGUCCUGGCAGUGGUCAUUGGUGUCUUUGUGGUGUGCUGGUUCCCGUUCUUCUUCUCCUACUCUCUGCAGGCAGUGUGCCCAGAGACGUGUGCCAUUCCAGAUCCGCUCUUUACCUUUUUCUUCUGGAUCGGCUACUGCAACUCAUCACUCAACCCCGUCAUAUACACCAUCUUUAACAAAGACUUUCGAAAGGCCUUUAAAAAAAUACUCUGCAGAAGCACUAAGGGCACUUUCUUUUAGCAUACAAAUCCAAUAGGACAUGGACAUAAAUAAUUCUUUUCUCUGAGGCAUAUAAGAAAACAAUUUCUCAGAACACUUAAAGGGCUGUUUUAAAAUCAUGUUCAGUGGUGGAAAACCCAGAAUCAAACUUGGGACUCAUUCUUUUACAGCUACAGUGUACUCAAACAGGCAACUUGGACUGUAAAAUCUCAUUUUGCAGCUGAUAUUGAAAAGUUUGCCCAGCACAGGGACAGUGUUACACAAUAAACGCUUAGCACCUCAGCGUCUCUAAUAAGAUUUUGAAUUUCAAGUUUCAUCUCCAGAUCACAUCAAAGAAUGGAUUGUAGUGGGACACAGGGUGGUACAGAAUCCUAGGAGAAAUGUAUGCACACUCUUUAAAUCCGACAGAAGUCAGGAAUUAAUUCUUCAAUAAAAAGUCAGACUGUGUAAUUUAUAAUAUGAAAUGUUAUAGUCUUAAAGGCCUCCGGGGGAAAGAAAACAGGUUAAAAAAUGACUGAAAAGUGGCCUUAGAAUCCUGUUAGCUUAGGGCCAUUUAUUUAUCAAUACAGAACACAAGGAGUACACACGGUUAGUGGUGAUUUCUUACGUCUGCAGUCUUAAUUUGCCUGGCUGCAGGGCAAACAUGUGUUCCUCAAUUAUUAUCCUUCAACAAGAGAAGGUUUCUGUCUCUCAAAUGUGAUAGCACAAACAAGGGCACCCUUUCAAACUUUUCAAACUUAUAUGUAGAAAGCCCUCAUGCCAGAGACUUUUACUUUUGGCUCAGUAGGGGUCAUAAUGGACACCCAGGUUGUUUGUAAUGACACUCUUGGCUUUCAGCUUUCACAAAAUUCAGAGCGAUCGAAGCAUGGUGGAUUUUGGACCACGUGUACACUAGUGAGACCCCCCCCGUUCUCUUAGAUUGCUUUAUAUCUUAAUUUGGACUAUCACACUGAUGGACUGGACUGAGAAAGCCCUCUAUUGAACUGCCUCAGUAUUUGGACAUUUAAGUAACAAUCAAGUGUUUUUAGCCUCUGGAAAGUGCUUCAGGGGUUAUUAACAGUAUCUAAUGGGAGGUGCAACUGCUCAAGACUGAAAAAAAAACUAGAUUCUUACUAUUUAACAAGUGAGGAUUAUUUUCCACAAACCCUGCUUCACGACGAUCAGCAGUAUUUAGCAGGUAGACAUUUGCAAUGACUAUAGAAGACAAAUGAACAAUGCAAUUAAGGAUGUGUAAUGUUGUUACCCCUAAUUACACCUACGUGGGUUUUUCUGACAACUCUUUGGCUGAGUCACUCUUUUUCCAACGCCUCUGGCACAUCAUCGCCUGCAGUGGACCUCUACAAGGCACAUUUAGUUUGUUGCUAAGAGGCGAGAAGAUGAAUGGUACAUUUAUUUUUCUCACCAAUAGACUGAGCCUCUGUCAUUUUCCUUGAGAAAAAAACGUGUCUGUAACUGUGAACAGUAUGCAGGCUUACUGACUUCAUGGGACAAGGGCUGUCAGCAGCAACACUUCAAUUUGCUAAUUGUCUAAUUCUGCUGACCUGUGUGUGUGUGUGCCUGUGUGUGUGUGUGUGUGUGUGUGUGUGUGUGUGUGUGUGUGUGUGUGUGUGCGUGUGUGCCUGUGCGUG